UCGACGUCGCCGUCGUCGUCGUCGUCGUCGACGUCGUCGUCGUCGUCGUCGCUGCCGUCAUCUUCAUCAUCAUCAUCACCGUUUUGGUGCUGGUGUUGUUUGUGGUGAUUUUUGUGGUGCUGGUAGUGGUGGUGUCGGUGGUUGUUGUGCGGCGUCGUCGUUGUCGUCGUGCGUUAAUCGUCGUCGUACGUAAGUCGCCGCCGUGCGUCGUGCCUCGUCCGGCGCGAUUCCAUAAGUGCGUGAUUUUAUUUAACUCAGCUGCUUCGUAUUAUUAUUCUUAUUCUUAUUCUUAUUCAUCGUCCACAUCGUCAUUAUCUUUAUCCUUCUCGUCGUCGUCGUCGUCUUCGUCGUCGUCUUCAUCGUCGUCGUCGUCGUCGUCGUCGUCGUUGUCGUUGUUGUUAUUAUUAUCAUCAACGAACAAGUACAAGUACACUGAUUACAAUAAUACUGUUAAAAUACUGCCAGUGCCCGCCAUAUCAAUUUAUUAUACGUUAACGUCGUCGUCGUCGUCGUCGUUGUCGUCCAUAACCUCUUCGUCGUCGUCGUCGUCGUCGUUGCCGUUGUUCUUAACCUCUUCGUCGGCGUCGGCGUCAUUUGAAAAAAAAUUAUUAUUAUUAUCAUCAUCAUCAUCAUCAUUAUUAUCAUUAUUAUUACUACUACUAUUACUAUAUAUAUGUAAAAUAUAUAAAUUCACACGUCGUCGCCGGAUCGUCGUCAUACAUCAUUCGUCGUCGUCGUCGUCGUCGUCGUCGUCGCCGUCGUCGUCGUCGUCGUCGUCGUCGUAUACAAGAAACAAUCCUUUCGUCGAUAUGCUGAAGAAGUAAAAUAUCAUCGUGAAAGGAGUUUAAGAACUCGGCUGGAGGAAGCAUGGCCGACCACCUGGUGGACGGUCCGCCUAGCAAGCGACCGAAACUCGAUCCAUUUCAGGGUCCUUCUGAUUCAGCAGUGGGUAUGGCGCCUCUAAUGAUGCACCAUGCUUAUACAAACUACGGGGGAGGUGGCAGUGGUAACAUGCAACAAAUGCAGGGCCCGCCACAACAGCUACACCUGCAACAGCAUCAGCUGGAGCUACAUUGGAACAACCAUAUCGUCCAGAAAAGAAAUUACAUAACAAACACAGAUAUGUUUGAUCUUGAAAAUGAUCUACCUGAUGAUCUACUAACGUCGGGAUCUUGGGGAUCUGCUACUGAAAGUGCUAAACCACCGGCGACAGGCCCUGGUCCAGGCCCAGGGCAACAAAAUGGGACACUUGAAUCAGAAUUACGUCAGCAUGUACAACAACAGCAACAGCAGCAACAACAGCAGCAACAACAACAACAACAACAACUAUCUCAUCAUCUUAUCCAGCAGCAGAUUUUUUCCAAUCAGGGAAAUAAAAACUUGGUUGCGAAUUCUUUGGUAAUGGCUGCUGGAAGUUUGGGUAGCAAAAGUCCAAACAUGCAAUCUCCACCAAACGUUUCCGUCUCUAAAGGAGUAGUCGAUCCACAAAUGGUCGUCAGCCUUGGAAACUUACCUAGCAGUAUAGCUAGUUCUUUGGCAAACAAUCAAAUGUCCAUUGCAAAUUCAAUGGGAAAUCUUCAAUCGUCAAUGAGUAUGGCCGGAACUAAUCCAACUAUGUCUAUGCCGGGUGCAAUGAACUCUGGUUUAGUAAUGACGAGUAGUGCCAGUGGAAAUAAUAGUAUGGGUGGAAUGGCAGGUGGAAGUUUAAUUGUAACCAACAGUUUAAACAAGCAACCACUAAAUACAGUAUCCAUGAUGGGCCCUAAUACUCAAGGGAUUCAUCAUCCUAGCGGGCCUCAUGGUGUAGCUCAAAUGCAAAAUGGUCCUGGAAUGAUUAAUACCAGAGCUGUAGCUAUGCAGCAACAGCAGCAAGCCCAUAUGGUAGGUUCUGCAAAAGGACAGAGUCCUCACCAACAAGUACAUCAAGUUGGAAUAGUUGGUCCAGGACAAGGUGGUCCAAGAAUGCAAGCACCUCCCAAUAUGACAAAUAUGCCCAAUAUGGGACAACUUGGUGCUUCCAGUCCAUACGGUUAUGGAUCUCCGGGUACUGGAGCAGGCCCUGGAGCUACCGUGUGUACUAACAAUCCUGUUGGCGUAAUUGCACCUCAACAGAAAGCUGUAACAACAAAUAUGGCUGCUAUGCAAGCUGGAAGAUUUGGAGCUUCGGAUGGUCCUAUCGGUACCACGAAUGUUACAGGUGGUCAAGAAGGUGGUAUGGCACAACAAGCACAACCACCUGCACCAAGUCCAGCUCAACCUCAAUCAGGAGCACCGAGUGGUGGACAACCAGGACCUCAACAAGCUACUCAAAGUCAGAUGCCUGGUACUGGUGCGCCAACGGGUGCUUCAAAAUCGACUGCGGAUCCAGAAAAGCGUAAAUUAAUCCAACAACAAUUGGUACUCCUUCUCCAUGCCCAUAAAUGUCAAAGACGAGAGAGCCAAUCUAAUGGUGAAAUGUGGCAAUGCACGUUGCCUGACUGUAAGACUAUGAAAAAUGUUUUGACGCAUAUGACUACCUGCCAAGCGGGUAAAAAUUGUACAGUGCCACACUGUAGUUCAUCUAGACAAAUUAUUAAUCAUUGGAAACACUGUAAUAGAAGUGACUGUCCUGUUUGUUUGCCUUUAAAACAAGCAAGUAGAAAUAGGACUACAAAUUCUGUUGGAGCUACUCAACCAAAUCCAAGCCCAUCAGAGAUGAGGAGAGCAUAUGAUGCUUUGGGUAUAACGUGUCCUACGACAACUACUGGCCUGUUAGCACCUCAAGGUGUCGGUAGAGGUGUUAGAAUGCCAUCUGUUGCAAUGCAAGGACCACCUGGUACCAUUGGUAACGUUAGAUUGACGCAACCUCAAACACAAGCUGCACCAGGACAAUCUGUGGUUGGUGCAGGUCAACAGGUAGUAGCCCCAAACGUAUCCUUACCAUUAAAUUCGGAUCCUAAUACGGUUGGUGUAGCUGGUAAUCAAACCGCUCCAACGAGUGGUCCAAUGCCAGCAGCAGCGGCAACAGCGGCUAAUAUACAACAAUCCGUAAACAUGCAACAAUUAUUUGGUGGUUUCAACGAGUCAGGACAGCCAGGUGUUUUAGGAGAAAACAAACUUUCCGGUUUACAAUUACCUGCUGGACUUCAACCAGGACAAGUAACUGCUACUCCAGUACAAGAGACUAAAAUUUGGCAUCAAUCGGUAACGGCAGAUCUAAGGAAUCACUUAGUUCACAAAUUGGUCCAAGCAAUAUUUCCAACUCCUGAUCCGCAAGCGAUGCUCGACAAAAGGAUGCACAAUUUAGUGGCAUACGCAAGGAAAGUAGAAGGCGAUAUGUACGAGAUGGCCAAUUCUAGGUCGGAGUACUAUCACUUGUUGGCCGAGAAAAUUUAUAAAAUACAAAAGGAACUGGAGGAGAAACGUCAGAAAAGAAAAGAGCAACAGCAACAGCAAUUGCAAGCGGCCCAACAGCAACAACAGCCUCAACCAUCGGGCGCGGCUGGUCCUGAUUUACGGCCUUGUGCACCACAGGAUGUUGGUAGGAUUUUACCAUCAAGGCCGAUCGGCAAAGUACCACCUAAUUUAAGGAGGCAUUCACCUAACAUGGGCCAAAUUGGACCAUUAUCGGGCAUGGGCAUUCAACAUAAUCGAAUGCAAUUUCCACAACAACAACAACAACAACAGGCUGCUCAGCAACAGCAGCAGCAGCAGCAGCAACAACAACAGCAAGCUCAACAGGCACAGCAAGCUCAACAGGCACAGCAAGCUCAACAGGCACAGCAAGCUCAACAGGUACAACAAGCUCAACAAGCACAGCAAGCUCAACAAGCACAGCAGCAACAAAUACAGCAACAGCAGCAGCAGCAGCAACAACAACAACAGCAAGGAUUACUUGUUGGGCCUUCUGGUCCCAGUCCAAAUGGACAAUCAACAUCUAAUCCAAGUAUGGUUCAAAAUUCCGGUCUUAGUCCAUUCGGUCAGGCACAAAUGUCGCAGGCUAAUUUAACCACGACAACUACAUCAGCAACGACUAGUCAAUUUCCAACCUCCAAUGGCACUUCCAGUUUACCUAACAGUAGUCCCGUACAAAAUCAACAUCAAUUUCCUGAUAUCAUGAAGGUCAGGCUUGCUCAAGUUCAAGUGGUACAACAACAGCAACAACAACAACAGCAACAGCAGCAGCAGCAACAACAACAACAACCGCAAAGUGUGCCACAACAACAGCAACAACAACCACAAAGUGUACCACAGCAGCAACAACAACAACAACAACCACAAAGUGUGCCACAACAACAACAACAACAACAACCACAGCCACAACCACAAAGUCAACAACAACAACAACAACAACCAACAAGUACUUCGAAUCAAAGUGCCGCAGCUACUGCAAUGCCACAAGCACCGUCGCCGUUCAGUAAUAUACAACAACAACAAACUAAUCAGCAACAAAAUCAACAAUUUAGUAAUAAUCGACCAUUGUCAGCUUCUACGCCUGGUGAUCCUAGCAUAACCACAACAACACCACAAACUAUACCACCUCCUGCAUCAAGUGGACCCAUUCCUAGUCCUGUUACAACAACAAAUGGACCUCAGUCUACAACUUCCACCCCUAAUACGCCAAUAGUUCCUUCGUUAAUGACUCCAAAUCAGACUGUAUCUUCCGCUAAUCAAACCCCACCUCAUCCGGGUACGACACCAUCGCCAGCUGGCCUUGCAAGUUUGGGAAAGGGUAUGACUUCCCAGGAAAGAGCUGCGUUAAAUGCCCCAAGAAGUUCAUCGAUGUCUUCGCAAAUGGCCGCUAUUACGGCGGCCUUGGAUCGUGAUAAUUCUCCUAGUCCGCCAAUGAACAAUAAUAAAGGAAAAUUGGAUUCGAUUAAAGAGGAAAAUAUGAAGAUGGAAAUUAAGCAAGAGGACGGUUCUGAUAUUGAAUGGUUAAGGGAUAGGAUGGACGGUGGUAAAAAUGUUAACAAUGAUGUAUCGAUUAAAACCGAAAUUAAAAGUGAACCAAUGGAGGAAGGUUCAGCCGAGGGUGUUGUCAAAGAUGAAUCAUCUGGUAUAAAAGAAGAGACAGUUACUUCAAUGUCAAGUCAAGAUACGACAACGUCUGAUAUAAAACCUCUUGUUCCUGAACCAAUACAACCUAGCGGUACAUCAUCCGAUAAAAAAAGAUUGUGUUUGUUUAAACCCGAUGAAUUACGCCAAGCACUUAUGCCAACGCUUGAUAAAUUGUAUCGACAGGAUCCAGAAUCUUUACCAUUCAGGCAACCAGUUGAUCCACAAGCAUUGGGCAUACCUGAUUAUUUUGAUAUUGUUAAAAAACCAAUGGAUCUUUCAACGAUCAAAAGAAAAUUAGAUACAGGACAAUAUAGUGAUCCUUGGGAAUAUGUCGAUGAUGUUUGGAUGAUGUUCGACAAUGCUUGGCUUUAUAAUCGCAAAACUUCUCGAGUUUAUAGAUAUUGUACAAAGUUAUCAGAAGUUUUUGAACAAGAAAUAGAUCCAGUAAUGCAAGCUUUAGGAUACUGUUGCGGUAGGAAAUACACAUUCAACCCACAAGUACUCUGUUGCUAUGGGAAGCAGCUGUGUACGAUACCAAGAGAUGCUAAAUACUACUCAUAUAAGAACAGUCUAAAGGCAUAUGGUCUUAUUUCCGACAGAUACACCUUCUGUCAGAAAUGUUUCAACGACAUACCUGGUGACACUGUGACGUUAGGAGAUGACCCAACACAACCACAAACUGCCAUCAAGAAAGAACAGUUCCAGGAGAUGAAGAAUGAUCAUUUAGAAUUAGAGCCUUUUGUUGUGUGCACAGACUGCGGUAGGAAAGUACAUCAAAUUUGUGUAUUACAUAUGGAACAAAUUUGGCCAUUAGGAUUUACCUGUGAUAAUUGUCUAAAGAAGAAAGGACAGAAGCGUAAAGAGAAUAAGUUUAACGCCAAACGUUUGCCGGUAACAAAAUUAGGAACGUAUAUUGAAACGCGCGUGAACAAUUUUCUUAAGAAGAAGGAAGCUGGCGCCGGUGAGGUAGCCAUUAGAGUUGUUGCAUCUAGUGAUAAAGUAGUAGAAGUUAAACCAGGAAUGAGAAGUAGAUUCGUAGAGAAUGGUGAUAUGCCUGGUGAAUUUCCAUACCGUGCUAAGGCAUUAUUUGCAUUUGAAGAGGUCGACGGUACGGACGUAUGUUUUUUUGGUAUGCACGUACAAGAAUAUGGAAGCGAAUGCACUCCACCAAAUACAAGAAGAGUUUACAUAGCGUACUUGGAUUCUGUACAUUUCUUCCGGCCUAGACAAUUUCGUACUGCUGUUUAUCAUGAAAUACUUCUUGGAUAUUUAGACUACGCUAAACAACUUGGUUAUACUAUGGCUCAUAUUUGGGCUUGUCCACCAUCGGAAGGAGAUGAUUAUAUAUUCCACUGCCAUCCUCAAGAACAAAAAAUUCCUAAGCCUAAGCGAUUGCAAGAGUGGUAUAAGAAAAUGUUGGACAAAGGAAUUAUGGAAAGAAUAGUACUCGAUUACAAGGAUAUUUUGAAACAAGCGAUGGAGGAUAAAUUAUCCUCGGCAGCAGAUUUGCCAUAUUUUGAGGGUGACUUUUGGCCGAAUGUGUUGGAAGAAAGUAUUAAAGAAUUGGAUCAAGAAGAGGAAGAGAAACGUAAACAAGCUGAAGCUGCAGAGGCUGCCGCAGCUGCAGCAAAUGCUAUCUUUUCGUUGAAUGAAGAUUCAGAAACUGGUCCGGAUGGUAAGAAGAAAGGACAGAAAAAGGCUAAGAAGUCUAAUAAAUCUAAAGCGAAUCAAAGAAAAAAUAGUAAAAAGUCUAACACUCCUCAAACUGGUAAUGAUCUCUCUGCUAAAAUAUUUGCGACCAUGGAGAAACACAAGGAAGUUUUCUUCGUAAUUAGGUUGCAUAGCGCUCAAAGUGCAGCCAGUUUAGCACCAAUUCAAGAUCCAGAUCCUGUUAUUAAUUGUGAUCUUAUGGAUGGACGUGAUGCUUUCUUAACAAUGGCUAGAGAAAAACAUUACGAGUUCUCAUCGUUAAGACGAGCGAAGUUUAGCUCGAUGUCAAUGUUAUAUGAAUUACAUAAUCAAGGUCAAGACAAAUUCGUUUAUACUUGUAAUAAUUGUAAGAGUCACGUUGAAACGAGAUACCAUUGUACUGUCUGUGAUGAUUUUGAUUUAUGCAUCAGUUGUAAAGAAAAGGAUGGACAUCCUCAUCAUAUGGAGAAACUUGGUUUAGAUUUGGACGAUGGAUCAUCGCCAGUUGAUGCAAAACAAGUUAAUCCACAGGAAGCAAGAAAACUCUUGAUACAAAGAUGUAUUCAAUCAUUGGUACAUGCUUGCCAAUGUAGAGAUGCUAAUUGUCGGUUACCAAGUUGUCAAAAGAUGAAGAGAGUAGUAACGCAUACUAAAGUCUGUAAGAGAAUGACAAGUGGUGGUUGUCCAAUUUGCAAGCAAGUGAUAACGUUGUGCUGUUGUUAUCAUACGAAGCACUGCCAAGAAACCAAGUGUCUUGUACCAUUCUGUUCUAAUAUCAAACAUAAAUUAAAACAACAGCAGCUUCAGCAACGUUUGCAGCAAGCACAACUGUUAAGGAGGAGAAUGGCUGUGAUGAAUACACGACCUACUGGACCAGUUGGAGCUAUGCAAGCAGGACAACAAACUUCAAACGUUGCAAUAGUUGCCGGUGUUCCUAUAAAACCUGGUGUUAGUCCAACGAAUUUACCAUCACCGCAUCAACCAGGAAUUGGUUUGAAGCCUGGCACGCAGACACCACCGGCACAUGUUUUGCAAGUUGUUAAACAGGUGCAAGAGGAAGCCGCUAGGCAACAAGCACCGCAUGUUGGUUAUGGUAAAGUAACACCAGGUGGUGGUGUUGGUGUAAGUGGUCAGGCAGGCGGUGUUAUGCCACCUCCACAAAUGCAAAGACCGAUGCCUGUGCAAAUGCCAAAUCCAGCUGGUACACAUCUUAUUCCUAUGGAUCAGUGGACCGGCAGUAGGUACCAACCUAACGCUGUGAUGCAACAAAAUCCUGGAUUGAGGCAACAAACGCCGCAACAAUUGAUGCAACAACAGCAACAACAUCAGGGUCAACCGACUAUGGCAAUGGGUGGUCAAAUGCCAAGGCAGCCAGGUGUUAUCGGAGGUCCGGUAGGUCAAGUGGCACCUGCUCAGGCUCAAAGCAAUAUGCACAAGCAUGCCUUGCAGCAAUUAAUGCAAACACUCAGAAGUCCUCAUACUCCUGAACAGCAAAACCAAAUACUACAAAUACUCAAGAGUAAUCCACCUUUAAUGGCCGCUUUUAUAAAGCAACGGGCACUUGCCCUUCAGCAACAAACUGGUCAGCACGGCGGUGGAGUAAGUGGACCAUUGGGUCCUAAUCAGCCUCAACAACAACAACCUGAUUUGCAGCAUAUGAUGUCACAGCAGCAGCAGCAGCAACAGCAGCAGCAGCAGCAGCAACAUCCUCAGCAGCAGCAGCAGCCGGGUAGGAUGCAAAUACAAGCAAUGUUGAACCAGCAGCAGCAGCAGCAACAACAACAGCAGCAACAGCAGACGGUUCAACAGCAAACGCAAUGGUAUAAGCAACAAAUGUUGGUUAUGCAAAGGCAACAGCAACAACAACAGGCUCAACAGCAGCAGCAGCAACAACAACAACAGCAACAACCUUUCACGCAACCACCUGCACCACCAUACGGCCAACAGAGACCCAUCAGGCCAUCUCUUCUUGGUUAUGGUGGAUUUAACGAGCAAAGUUAUGGUCAGCCAGGAUUGAAGCCAACGCCACCGCCAGUACCUUCGCCCCAAGGCGUUAUGGGACCCCCAGGUAUAUCCGUGCAACAACAGCUUAUGCAAUCUGUUCGUUCACCUCCACCAAUUAGAUCGCCGCAACCAAAUCCUUCACCGAGGCCGGUCCCAUCGCCACGUAAUCAACCAGUUCCUUCGCCCCGUUCUGGUCCAGUACCAUCGCCCCAUCAUCAUCCACCACACGGGACACCGACACAUUCGCCUGCUCAUGAACUAGGUGGUCCAAGUGAAAUGAUGUUAUCUCAAUUGAGCGGGGCUGGUGGUGCACCUACUGGCCAUCCUGCUACGAUGCCGCAUCAUCCGUCACCUGCCCCACCACCAACAAGUGGUACGGACACAAGUGAAGUGACACCUAUGACACCGCAAGACCAACUCUCCAAAUUCGUUGAGGGGUUGUAGUGACUGUUAGUGACGUUCGUUGUUUAUUAAGUGACUGUUUAUUAAAACUUAAGAGUUGAAGAAGAAGGAGAAGAAGAAAAAGAAGAUGAUGAAGAAAAAGAUGAAGAACACACCUUUUGCUAAUGUACUAUAAAAUACAUACAUAUAUAUAUAUAUGUGUGUGUAUGUGUGUUUGUGUGUGUGUGUGUGUGUGUGUGUGGAGGAAAAAAAAAGAGAUUAAACAUUUUCUCAUACUCGGGGUUGUUUGACGACACCAUUUAAGCUAAACUCUUAUUCGCUGUGUUUUUAUCGCCGCUAAAAAAGAAAAGAAAGAAAAAAAAAGCUGUUUGCCGCUGUUCUUUAUCGCUGUAUUAGUUGCUGUCUUGCUGUCCUCGUCGUCGUCGUCGUCGUCGUCGAUCAUCGUCGUCGAUCAUCGUCGUCGUCGUCAGCAGCAGCUAAUCAGCCCACCCCUCGACCCAGGCCCUAACCCACUCGCCCCACGCGCGCCAAUCGCCCACCCCCCACCCUUACUACCCCACCACGCCCUUCAUGAUCAGUCAAUCAGCUGGCA